AUGAGGCCCACUUUAUCUUCUUUCUCUUUUAGAGACGGAGUGAUAGCUACCCGCAGACCCCAAGCUGCGUGUACACCUGAAGGAGGUUGCAUCGGGGUACAGAGAAAGCAGCAGCAAGAGCUGCAUGCAAGCGGCAGCACAUACAACCCAGAAGCAGCAGCAGCAGCAGCAGCAGCAGAAGCAGCAGCAGCUGAUGCCGUGACAGCCGGAGCAGCGUCUCAGCAGGAGGAGACAGACGCAGCAGAGAAAGAGAAGCAAGCAACGAAGACAGAUACAGAGACAGAGAAAGAGAUAAAUACAGAGACAGAGACAACAAAAAGAGAAGCAGAGACAGAGACAAAGGUGGAGACAGAGAAAGAAACAAAAACAGAGACACCGAAGGACCCUCGUGCAGAAGCUGCUUUGCUUGCUGCUGCUCUUCUCUCUCGUGCUGCGCUGCACAUAAAAAACUACCAAGAGGAACAGCAGCAGCUGUUUCAGGAGGCAGAAGAAAAGAAACAACAGCAGUUGAACAGGCAGCAGCAGCAGCAGCAGCAGCAGCAGCAGCAGCAGCAGCUGGUGCUUUCUGCUGCCUCUAGCAGCACAACGAAGGGCCAGCAGAAGGGGGCAAUCAUCAACAGCUACAAAGAAAGAAACAACUUCAGAGUGGGAGACAAACAAGAGCAAGAGAAGUGGAGAGAAAAAGAGAAAGAAGGAGACAAAUAUCAGCACCGCUGGGCCGUUGCAGCAGCAGCAUCGGGGUGUAUAGGCAGCUCAGCAGACACCACCCGCCUGCUGUCUCCUCCUUCUUCUGUCCCCUUUCCCUCAUCCUCAAGGAGAGACAGACAAACACAGGUGGUUAGGUUUAAGGAUACGCACGAAGAUGAUGGAAGAACCGAACACCAGCAGCAGCAGCAGCAGCAGCAGCAGCAGCAGCAGCAGCAGCAGCAGCAGCAGCAACUGCCGCUAGAGGAGAAACUCGAGAGACGGCUGCGAUUGCUGCAAAGACAGCAUCUGAGAAAGCUGCACUGGCAGCAGCUGCAGCAACAGCAAGGACAACGAGAGCAACAAAAGCAACAGCAACAGCAGCAACAGCAGCAACAGCAAGAGCAGCAACAGCAACAACUGCAACAGCAGCAGCAGCAACAGCAGCAACAGAAGAAAAUGAAUCGACUCGUUAUGCGAUCGGAUAUAAAUACUUCUCCUGCCCCCAGCAGCAGCAGUGCAGUCACCCGUACCGCUGACCAGAGCGCCAGCAGCAGCAGCAGCAGCAACAGCAGCAGCAGCAACAGCAGCAGCAGCAACAGCAGCAGCAGCAACAGCGCAGCAGCAGCAGCAGCAGCAGCAGCAGCAGCGGUGUGA